AUGUCUUUCCUCGAGAAGACCGCAGAGAAGACCGACGUAGUGUCCCUGCCGAUCCCGGCGUUCUCUGACUUCGGAAAAUCCGCCAACGACGUACGCGAUAUCGAGUAGAAGAAUCUGGGAGCGAAUGCGCUAAUGAUGUGAGAGUAGCUCAUCAACAAGGACUUCUACCACACCAGCCAGGGCAAGUUGGACGAGAUGGACGCAUACGGCGCAAAGGCUAACAAGCUGCGAUAGCUACACUCGAUGUGAAGCUUAAGGCUCCCAACGGUACCAACCUCACCGUCAAGGGCAAGCAGGGCUUCGACGGCGUGACCAGCGGCUCCGUACGUCCCUUGUACGCUGGAAACCCACCCGCUCUAUCACAUGUUAAUGCGCGCAACAGAUCGAGGGCAAGCACACUCUCAAGCCUCAAGGUACGGAGAGCCCAUCUUCUUCUCCCGCUCACACCUCAUCACGCACCGCGAGAAAUUCGAAGAAAAAGAAGGAAUCAGGCUUCGUCAGCUCAUUAUACAUUGCUGCGGUUUUGAAGCUUCCCCCAGAGCUCCGUACAAGAGCAAUCGCCUAUGCCUCGGGCAGUCCCAAUGGCGUUGGUGGAAUCAGGUUACUAGGGCUGACGUUUACUCCCGGUAAUAAAGGUGUCACCAUCACUCAGUCGUGGUCCACUGCCUCUCUGCUUGACAGCAAGGUCGAGCUCGCAGACGUUGUCGCGCCAGGCGCAAAGAUCGACCUCCAGAACCUCUGGAACCCAGCCAAGCCAGACUCGGCCGCCCAGAAGCUCAACUUCGCCUUCAAGAACCCCAACGUCCACUCCCGCGCUUUCAUCAACUACGCGACCGCUAAGGGCGCCAUCGACGCUGUUGUGGAUGUGACCGCCGGCCACGAGGGUUUCCUCGUCGGUGGUGAGGCAGGUUACGAUGUGCAGAAGGCCGCCGUCACCAAGUACAGCCUUGGUGUUGGCUACCAGACCCUCACCUACAACGCGAGCAUUGUUGGAACUCAGAACUUGAGCGUCAUCGCCGCAAGCUUCUACCAGAAGGUCAACGGCGCCGUCGAGGUCGGUGCCAAGGCUGGCUACGACGUGCAGGCCCAGAAGGCCAGCGGUCUCGAGCUUGCAUCCAAGUACAAGCUUGACCCUCUGUCAUUCGCCAAGGUAAGGACACAGCACACUACUGAGACGUCAAGCUCUAACAAGCAUUGCAGGCCAAGAUCAACGACCGCGGUAUCGCCGCUCUCGCCUACAGCACCAAGCUCAACUCUGGCACCACUCUCGGUCUCGGUCUCUCCCUCGACACCAACAAGCUCAACGAGGCUGGCCACAAGAUCGGUACCUCGCUCACUUUUGAGGGUUAG